AUGGCCUCAGACUUCGCAGUAUCGGGGAACACUGACCGUUCCAUCCCCAAUGGUACCGCAGCCCCAACGCCAACCGAUGUCUUUACUCACGCCAACCAAGAGCUACUGCCCCAAUUACAAGCCUCCAAUGAAUCCGAUGUCUCAAGGUCUCAAGUUUCAACGCCCGUGAGCCAGGAGGAAGACCCUAAUGCCAACCGACGCAAGAGAAGGAAGACAGAGAAAAGCAAGCUGGACCAAGAGACCACUGUAAAGUCAGGCUUGUCGGGAUGGCUGGGAAUCGAGGCUCCAGAAGCCGUAGCUGCUGCACCCACCAUCAACAUUGAACCUCCCCCGUCCAUCGCUCCUCGUCCCCAGUCGCCUCGGUCCCCAAUCAACAAUAGCGCUCCGGAACAAGACCUGAAUCCCACCGAACAAGAAGACAAACACGCGUCUACUAGAGGCAAAAGGAAGACCUUGAAGUUGAAUGCCAAUGGUAGAUUGCUGAGCUCACCUCCUGUCAGCUCUACAGAAAUAGCGGGUGCAACGCAAACGGGAAACAAGCGACGAAGAGGGGGAAAGGUCCGAAGCAAGCUGGCCAUCCUCAAAUACAGCGUUACAGGAGAGAGAAAAGCUGGGAAUUUGAUCGAUGAAAUUCUCAAUGGUCAGAGGGUGUACAAGGCGGCUCCUCCGCGGCUCGCAGCCGCCCCAAAAAAGACCGUGAACGAGCCUGCGAAGGCAACACAUCCUUUCUUUGUGAAGAAAGCGGCCCAGAAGCCCCAGGAGAAUAAACCUUCCGUGGCUAGUUCAAAUACCGAAGCCUCGGGCCCAGGAAAGACCACUGCCCCUUCCACAUCGGAGGUCAAGCGAGAAUCACGGCCCUUUCCAACAUUCCCCUCAACCUUUAGUCGGAAUAAGCCAAAGUUCCCGGAGCUUAUCGAACCUUUGUGGCCACCAAAGGAUCUUAUUCAUGUCAGAUCUAUUGAUCCGCAACAGCCCACUCGCCCCCUCACUCUCGAUCCCCUCACAAAUGACCAAAAGAAAGCCAAGUCGCCAGUUAUCUUUAUCGCCGAUGACGAGAAUGCCCUUUUAACCAGCACAUCCAAUGCACGAAAAGCGGCAACUUUGUCCAUGGGAGGUCACGACACAUCGAAUCUACGGUUGCCUGUCCGGCAUAUUGCCAGUGGACGGGUCCUGCAGACUGCGAUUGAUAACCAGAUGUCCUGGUCGUUACCAAACUCGCGUUAUACGACCCAAUCUAUCACUCCGGUCAUAUCAAAACUUCGAUCAGCCUUGCUCUCGUCGUUUUCCGCUUUUGAUCGCGGGAAAUAUGAAUCGCAACUCUGGCCUCAUAAAUACGCACCCAAAAAAGCGGAGGAUGUGCUUCAAGUCGGCCGCGAGGCCCAGGUACUCCGUGACUGGCUCCUUCACCUCAAAAUUACGGCAGUCGACACUGGAAAGCCAUCAAAAGACAACGCCAGGUCCAACUCCAAACCCGACAUGAAAAAGAAGAAACGGCGAAAGAAUAACGACAAACUUGACGGUUUCAUCGUCUCCAGUGAAGAAGAGGCAUCUGAAAUGGACAAUCUCUCUGGUUCAGACGAUGAGCUGGCUGGGGAUGUCACGGUGUCUGCUCAGCGAACGGUGAUUCAAUCCGGAGAUCUGGCAUUUUCUUCAUCGCAUGGAGGGGAGAGAGGUCGGGUCGCAAAUGCAAUCCUUUUGAGCGGCCCAUCCGGCUCUGGUAAAACGGCCUCAGUGUAUGCAGUGGCCAAAGAACUUGACUUCGAGGUGUUCGAGAUCAAUGCUGGCAGCCGUCGCAGUGCAAGAGAUAUGCUGGAAAGAGUCGGCGAUAUGACCCAGAACCACUUGGUCCAUCUUCUGAACGAAGCCGAUGACUCGUCUGCCAAGCCCCGAGCACUUACGACGGACGACGACACCAAACAGAACAAGUUGAUGGGCUUUUUCAAAGGACAAUCAUCCAAGAGUGCAAAUUGCGACAAGAAAAGUACUCAGCCAAGUCCGACACCCGAUUCCGAGGCAAAGCGCAAUCGUGAACAAAAACAAUCUUUGAUUCUUCUCGAAGAAGCUGACCUGCUUUUCGACGAAGAUAAGCAAUUUUGGACGGGCGUUCUCACCCUCAUCAGCCAGUCAAAGCGGCCGAUUGUCAUCACAUGCAACGACGAAUCAUUAGUGCCUAUUCAGGACAUGUCUUUACACGCAAUUCUCCGAUUUCAAAGACCCCAUCGUGAUCUCGCCAUCGACUAUUUAUUGCUUGUAGCCGCGAACGAAGGACAUGUACUCAAGCGGGAGGCUGUCAGCAAGCUCUACGAUGGGUCAGGCAUGGACAUCCGAAGGUCUAUGAUGGACCUGAAUUUCUGGUGCCAGAUUGGCGUCGGAAGUAAAAAAGCGGGUCUUGAUUGGAUCCUAUCCCUGUGGCCUCCAGAAGCGAACUUGGAUCAGAAUGGAGACAGGGUUCGAGUUCUCAGUCUCAACACCUACGAGCCUUACAUGGGAUGGUUCAAUCGUGACGUCUUUCUGGAACAGAAGCCCCUGGACAACGAAACGGAGAGUUUACAAAAUACCUUUCAAGGGUGGAGACUCGGUAUACAAGACUCGGAGGAAGCGGCCCGCGGUAGCUUCAUUGAAACUAUACCCCAUGAUCAAUACCGAUCGCGGUCAAAGAUGGAGCAGCUUGAUUUGAUGAGUCGUGAAGCCGAAUACCUGGAGAUGAGAAGCUCCCUCGACCUUCUCUGCUCCGAGUGUCCUUUGGACAUGCUACAGGCAAGUGUCCUCUCCUCUAUGAAAUGGCUAUUGGAACUAACCAUGUUGCAGGAUGUUGUGGAUUCAUCUGCUCCCCCACUCCCCGAAGCCCACCGGUCCAACUAUGUCGAAGCCUAUCCCCUCCUGCAAGCUGACUUGCGACCCGAGCAUUCGUCCUUGAGUGAGAACAUUAGUGUCACAUUCGAUGCCCUGAUAUCUCAAACCUUCCGCCCAAAAACCGAAGAUUACGAGAGUUCUAGCGUGGCUCGGAUUUUCAAUGGUUGGGCCAAGGCUGGUGCGCGUCGGAUGCAUUUCCCAUCUACUCUGCCCAGUUUCCAGAAAGUAUUCGAGCCCAUCAUGCGGGCAAAUUACUCCAUGCCCAUCCCGACUGGGCGCUUAGCACCGUCAUUUGAAAACAGUCUUGCCCCUAUCACCGAAGAUAUCGCCCCUUAUGUUCGUGCUAUCAUGGUUUUCGACGGUCGAUUGAAAGAGUACCGCGACAACCUGAGUGCGAUCUUGACAAGGGAAAAUGGAAAUUGCGAAAAACGUGGCCGAACAACCCGCGCCAGUCGAGCCGCGCUCGAAGGAGGCGACAAGGCUUUCACGCGGAAAGAAAGAUGGUUCCCAAAUGAUACGAACUAUUUCUGGGUACAGGCCACGGGCAAGUACGAGUGGCAGAACAUCUUGUUUCAGAUGGGACACUUCCAUGUUCAGCCUGCCAUGGAGCCCACCGAGGAAACCGCUAGCCAUGAUUCUGAUGAACCACGAUCUCAAGAGGGAGUUUUCUAG